CUGCAUGCCGGGACUCGGAGUCUAGGCGGCCGGGUCGGCGGGCACAAAGUCCCCACGGCGCUCACGUGUUUACCUUGUGCACCCAGGGGGAGGGGCGGCGGGGCAGGCUGGCGAUGAAAAGGAGCCCCUCGUUUCGUCAUAAAGCCGCGACCAGACAGGCGGCGCCAUCUUCGAACUUGGACUUCCGGAAGGACUUGGGUGAGGAUAGCGAGUGAGAAACAAAGAAAGGAGAGACACUACAGUGCCGAGAAGCUUCCCCUGUGCGUGGUGCUUCUAUGUGGUGGAUGGGGGCUUGAACCCAGUCCUUGUGCAUCGUGAACUGUGUGCUCUACCAGGGCAGCCAUUCUAGGGGGUGCUGAUGGAGACCUGCGGGGUCGGCUGCGUUGCCCUGGGGGAGGCCGGCCCCGUGGGGAACAUGACUGUGGUCGACUCCCCUGAACAAGAGGUGCUAAACCAUCUUGAUGCCAAGACCACUUCGGAAGCAACCAGUGCUGCAGAGGCUUCCCUUGAGAUGCCUUUACCUACCCCUCUGCCUGGAUUUGAGAACUCUCUGGAUGAGAGAGGGCUCCUCCCACCACUGGAGAGCCUCUCCACGCUGGACGAGCCAGAUCUUUCUUCAGAGAUGUCAAAGCUCUCAAAGCCUACGGCCUCAAAGCCUGGCCGGAAGAGAGGUGGUAGGCCACGAAAAGUCCCCAAAAGGCCCCCACAGCCUAAUCCUCCCGCAGCCCCUCUGGUUCCUGGUCUAUUAGAUCCGUCCAACCCUCUCCCCACCCCCAUGCCUAAGAGACGAGGUCGAAAGCCCAAGGGAGAUCUGCUACUGCUGAAGCUGGCAAAAGACCUUGAUCAGCCCGAGUCUCUGUCUCCAAAGAGGCCUCCCGAGGACUAUGAGACCUCUCCUGGGGAACGGCCCCGCCGAAAGGCUGCCCAAGUGGCACUUCUCUAUUUCCAGGAACUGGCCGAAGAACUCUCCACAGCCAUGCCUGCCCCCCAACCUGUGGCGUGUCCUGAGACCCCUGAGGUCAGCAGCCCCACCAAACAGAAGAAGAGCCGGCCGCAGGUGUCCUUCAAAACUGGAGAAGAGGUGGUCACUACAGCCCAGGAUGAAGACUUUGUCCUGCAGGUUGAGGCCGAAGAAGCAGAAGAGAGUGAGAUCCCGAGUGAGAACUCUUCUGACCCUGAGCCUGUGGCACCCCGAAGCACGCCCCGUGGAUCCACUUCUGGGAAGCAAAAGCCACACUGCCGUGGAGUGGCUCCCAAUGGCUUACCAAAUCACAUCAUGGCUCCUGUGUGGAAGUGUCUCCACCUCACGAAGAACAUUCGAGAUCAGAAACAUUCAUACUGGGAAUUUGCAGAAUGGAUUCCUCUAGCCUGGAAGUGGCGCCUGUUAUCUGAACUUGAGGUGGCUCCCUACCUGCCCCAGGAGGAGAAAUCCCCACUGUUUUCUGUCCAACGUGAAGGGCUUCCUGAAGAUGGCACACUCUACCGAAUCAACAGAUUUAGUUCUGUCACCGCACACCCGGAGCGCUGGGACAUAUCCUUCUUCACAGGGGGCCCUCUCUGGGCUUUGGACUGGUGCCCAGUGCCAGAGGGGGCAUCAGCCUCUCAGUAUGUGGCCCUUUUCUCCAGUGCUGACAUGAAUGAGACACACUCACUGAGCCAGCUUCAUUCAGGCCCUGCGCUGCUCCAGCUCUGGGGCCUGGGGACCCUGCAGCAAGACAGCUGUCCUAGCAACAGGGCCCACUUUGUUUAUGGGAUUGCUUGUGACCACGGCUGCAUCUGGGACAUCAAGUUCUGCCCUAGUGGGGCCUGGGAACUUCCAAGCACCCCACGGAAGGCCCCUCUCCUGCCCCGCUUGGGUCUCAUGGCUCUGGCCUGCUCCGAUGGGAAGGUGCUGCUCUUCAGUCUGCCCCAUCCUGAGGCCCUGCUGGCCCAGCAGCCCCCAGAUGCCAUGAAGCCUGCCAUCUACAAGGUGCAGUGUUUGGCCACCCUCCAGGUGGGGUCAAUGCAGGCUCCAGACCCGUCUGAGUGCGGUCAGUGCCUUACCCUGGCCUGGAUGCCCACGCGGCCCCACCACCACCUGGCUGCUGGAUAUUAUAAUGGCAUGGUGGUUCUCUGGAACCUCCCCACUAACUCACCCCUGCAGCGGAUCCGGCUCUCUGACGGCUCGUUGAAGCUCUAUCCCUUCCAGUGUUUCCUCGCCCAUGACCAGGCUGUGCGCACCCUUCAGUGGUGCAAAGCUAACAGCCAUUUCAUAGUCUCUGCGGGGAGUGACCGGAAAAUCAAAUUCUGGGACCUUCGACGAACUUACGAACCAAUCAAUUCCAUCAAGCGCUUCCUGAGCACUGAGCUGGCCUGGCUGCUGCCCUACAACGGUGUCACUGUGGCCCAGGACAACUGCUAUGCCUCUUAUGGACUCUGUGGAAUCCAUUAUAUUGAUGCUGGUUACCUUGGUUUCAAGGCCUACUUCACUGCUCCUCGAAAAGGCACUGUCUGGAGUCUUUCAGGAUCUGACUGGCUUGGGACAGUCGCCGCAGGAGACAUAUCCGGGGAGCUCAUUGCAGCAAUAUUGCCUGAUAUGGGGCUGAACCCAAUAAAUGUCAAGCGACCUAUAGAGCGAAGAUUUCCUAUAUAUAAAUCAGAUCUGAUGCCAUAUCAGGACAGCCCUGAAGAUCAAGACCACUCUGCUGUUGCGUCUGGAGCCCCCAACCCUCCCAAGGCUCGAACUUAUGCUGAAACCGUGAACCAUCACUACUUGCUCUUUCAAGACACAGACUUGGGCUCCUUCCAUGACCUGCUCCACCGUGCGCCCAUGGUGCGCAUGCAGGAGGGAGAAGGUCAGUCUCAGCUCUGCCUGGACCGACUGCAGCUGGAGGCUAUUCAUAAGGUACGUUUCAGCCCAAACCUGGACUCCUAUGGAUGGCUGGUAUCUGGGGGGCAGUCAGGGCUGGUCCGGAUCCAUUUUGUCCGUGGACUCACCUCCCCACUGGGCCACCGUAUGCAGCUUGAGAGCCAAGCCCACUUCAGUGCUAUGUUCCAACCGUCCUUCCCUACUGAAGGGCCUGGCUUCUCUCCUGCCAGCCAUUGCCUUCUGCCCAGUCCCUAGUCAUAGUUCACACAGGACCUUGGAAUGAAGUCUGCCACGAUCGAAUGGCCCCAUACUCAGAGCCAUAAGAACUGGGGUCUUCCUGGACAGUGAUGCUGCCAGGCCCGGACCUUUAGACCUGCCUCCCAGGACUCCUUAGAUCCCUCUCCUUCACAGACUUCUCAUCACAGCCUCCUGCAGGCAGAGGGGCUCUCCCUCCACAAACUCCAGGCUCCUCGGCCUACAGCUGUGGCUCACGAGACACGCUCAGGCCUGCCCUAGGCUUGGGAGUCUAAUUGCUCAUAUUGAGCAUAUUGUGAAGUGGGUAAAGCUAAGUAAAGGUACUGGGUGUUUUUGAGACCACAAGUGGAUGGGUGUUUGGAGAACUGGAAGAGUAGCUUAUGAAGGCUCCUGUCUGACUCCAGGAUCCAGUAUUACUGCCUUCCCAAACCCCCCCUGUAGAAUCACCAUCACACAGGCCCAGGAGGGGGCGGAAUAGUAACUUAUUGGAGUCUAGUACUGUUUAUACUACUUUAACACCAUACACACCCUCCCGAUAGAACAGUGGCUCAGAUCUUACUUGCUCCUGCUUAAGAAAUAUUCCAAUCACUGGUCAUCUGACCUUACUUGAACACUUCUAGACAGUCAUGUUUUAAAAACUUCCCUUUAUAUCAAGUCAAAGAGUAUACCUCUAUAAAUUCGACCCUGGGUGUUAGGAAAUCUAGUCAUUCCUCCCUGUGAUUACCCUUUUUAAGUAUUUAACAAUAGCUAUCAUGUGUUCCCCAGUCUUUUCUUCUCUAGAUUAAAUAUCUUCAGUUACUUUAACCAUUCUUUUACAAGUCAUGAUUUUUGAUCCUUUAUGAAACUGUCACAUUGUUGACUAAUUAAACAUGUUUAGCUACUUGUU